CAAUGCCGUUCCCGAUAAGUAACAGCAACUCGUCAGCAGUCACCGCAUUCAAGUAUGAAGACGCUACUGCUGCGUUGUCUUUUGGCCGUCGUCGCCACCCGCGUUUGCUCCGGCCAGGUCCAAUGGGGUUCGACAUACACCGUCCAGGGAGUUCUCCAUCUUCCCUAUGCAGAGAUCAAAGAACCCUUUAUGGGCUAUUUCGAUGCGACCAGGAACCUUAGCCGAGUCGACUACUACGGCGAUAUGGUCCAGACAGUGCAGGUUGCUGGCAAUCGGGAAAACUGCAGUACGCUGUGCAACGGUGUCGUCUACAAGAUCGCCUACAUGCCUAACAAGGCGACCUGGGAACCCGAGCGCACCUGCUUUCAGGUCAAUGGAACGGAGAACAUCACCGUCACGAUUCAGUCUGUUCUGCCAGACGUGCGGAACUUUACCUUCUCUGGCAGUGAACCCUGCAUGAGUGACGGCCAGUGGUCAAGAGACACACAAGUUUGCGAUCGUUACGACCUCGUGGAAACGAUCGGAGCCAAAGUAAACAGGUACACCUUAUGGGUGUCCUUAGACGAAGCAGGCGAUGCGGUGCCGCGACGGUACCUGAUGCACGGCUACAAUACCUUACUGGGUUCCCACUACGACAAGUACGAGGUCCUCUACAGCAAUUUCCAGAAGGGCCCCUUCAACCCCGAUGUCUUCAAUAUCUCUUCUCUCACCACGGCAAAGUGCCGAGGGUUUCCGGGUCCGGGAGCCGAGAGCCUCGCACUCCACAACCCCAUGGCGGAGUUCAUGAACAACCACGACGCCCACGUCCAUCAGGCAUUUGAUGAAUUCAAGGAGGUGCACGGAAAGCGAUACACUGACUCUCAGGAACACGAGAAGCGAAUGAACAUCUUCCGCCAGAACCUCAGAUUCAUCCACUCAACAAACCGUGCUAACCUGGGCUACAACGUUGCUGUCAACCACCUGGCAGACCAAACUGAUGAAGAACUACUUUAUCUCCGUGGGAAACUCAAGUCUUCCAGAGCCUUUCCAAGUCGAGGUCGUUCCUUUCCCAUGGAUAAAUUUUCCCACCAACUGCCGGAGAGCGUUAACUGGUGGCUUCUCGGUGCUGUAACACCAGUAAAGGACCAAGCGGUAUGUGGUUCGUGCUGGAGCUUCGGUACAGUGGGACACCUGGAAGGAGCGCUUUUCGUCAAGACAGGGCGAUUGGUCCGUCUGGCGGAGCAGCAGCUGAUCGACUGCAGUUGGCUCGAUGGCAAUAACGGUUGCGAUGGGGGCGAAGACUUCCGGGCGUAUCACUACAUUCAGGCACAUGGGCUAGCAUCGGACGAGGACUACGGAAGCUACCUGGGACAGGAUGGGAUCUGCCACGAUACGAAAGUGAACAAGACGAUCGCAACAAUCAAGAGUUACGUGAAUGUAACGACGGUGGAAGAACUUCGCAAGGCCCUCGCUAAUGUGGGUCCCAUCUCAGUCUCUAUCGAUGCCUCCCACAAGAGUUUCAGCUUCUACUCCAAUGGCGUCUACUAUGAACCCAAAUGCCGUAACGAUGCUGACGGAUUGGAUCACUCUGUUCUGGCUGUGGGUUACGGAGUGCAAAAUGAUCAACAGUAUUGGUUAGUCAAGAAUUCGUGGUCAACUUACUGGGGAAACGACGGAUAUGUCCUAAUGAGCCAGAAGGACAACAACUGUGGUGUCGCCACACAGGCCACCUACGUCGAACUCUGAUGUCUCAAAUUUCCUCAUUGUCUUUUUAAUAAAGUGUCAUGUGAUGACGCGUAAAAACUC